AUGCCGCGCGUAAAGCGAAAUGCUCGGGGGCCAAACGAGGGCGCCUGUGAUCGAUCGAUCAGUGCACUUGCUUGGCGGCGUCAGAUCCGCGCCAUCGGCCGACUGGUGCUGGACGGAGCCUCUCCGCUGAAAUUGAGCAGAGGUAGUGGUAAUGUGUCGGCCUUUUCGCCGCGAUUGUGCUGGUUAUGCUGGAUGUGCUGGAGGAUGAGCCCUAAAUCUGCCUGCUGCGAGGGCGCGGAUUGUGUGCCCACUCAACAGCAGAUGCUCCAGCAAGCCAUGCCGUUCCCGGAAGUCCACGACGUCGAUUGCACAGCAGGCGACUUUUGCAGCGGCUUGACGUGUGGAACACUGGAACCAAGGCGGAACGGCGCUAGCGACCUGGUUCCGCAUGGCAUUCACUUUAGGGCCGUUUUUUACCACCGGAGAACCUGGCUGCAUCCUUUCACCGGCGCGUGUCUGGGUUGCAACCACCGAGGAAUCAUGGACGGAAAGAACUCUUCUGGCCGCCGAAUUUCGCUCUUAAACGAUAAUCCGGAGCCUUCACUCCAGCCUGUUCGCCUACCCUCAUAUACUCCAUCCCUCCGGUCUCGAACCUCUAGCUACACGUCCUCACCAGUCGGAUCCCCGCCAACGCCUCAACUGGUGCGAAGUGACUCGUCAGAUUCGACCAGCAUGCAGUCGCCUUCGCCUAUUACGCCAGAUUUUAGCUUUGAAAGUCUUUCAGUCCAUAACAUGGCCUCUCCAGUCUUUGCGCAAGCAACCAUUUUUUCGCCUCAAAAAGCUAUGAAUUCGGCCUAUCCACCUUGUCCGCAGGCUUCGGGAUCCUUGCCUUACCAUGCCACCAACGUGCCCCAAACUGCUUACUUCAGACCGCAGCAGGAUGCCGAAAGCCGAACAACGUCAGCGUCAGCAAAUCCGCGAUCCAAGAAGAACAGCUACCCAUGUCCGAUGGCGAAGCAGUAUAAUUGCAACGACUACUUCACCACCUCAGGCCAUGCCGCCCGACAUGCGAAGAAGCACACCGGCAAGAAAGACGCCUUUUGUCCUGAAUGCAACAAGGCUUUCACCCGCAAGGACAACAUGGAGCAGCACCGCCGAACACACCAAAGCGGGCGCAAUGCAUCUAAGGGUGGUGAAGACCGCGCGAAGAAGGCUAAGCAGCCGGCGAAGCGACCCAAACCGGCCCCAAUCCAAUUCUCCGCCAUGCCAUCCCUCUCCUCGCUUUCUAUGGUGGACCCCGCUCUCCCCAUCAGCCCAUCAAACUCAAACUUCGCGAUUGCACCAGCUGUGCAGGCCGUCGAUUCCUUCAGCGCAGAAUACUCCCAGCGAUCGCUAUACCCUGACCCCGCCGCGUUCUCCAUGAAGCACAAUUAUUCUAUUGGGUCCUCGUAUGGUUUAGAUGCUCUAGCCAUUGCAGCAAGUGGUGAGAAGCGGAAGUUCGAGCAAUAA